GGUCAUGACACAAGUUCACCUGUGGCUUUGAAGAUACCCAAGACUAUGGAGAGUCACAAUAUUAAGAUCCCACGGGCCUCCUUCCUGCUCUUGCUCCUGUUGUUUUGUUCCUUGACAAUGGGCAAACAAGUUGUGCCAGACUGUUGCCGACAAAAGAGCUGCCCAUGCCACAUCUUUGAGCUGCUUCAUGGGACAGGCAACCACGCCAAUGGCAUCCUAACCCUCGGCAAGCGGGGCAGUGCCACAGCAACAAAGACCUUCCAGAGCCGCCUUUACCGCCUCUUCCACAGCUCAGAUAACCAGGCAGCUGGGAUCCUCACUAUGGGGAAGAGGGAUGGUCAGCCAGCAGCAGAGCCCAAGGAGGAUGUGCCCACUGGCACCCGGUUGGAAUCGGUGGUGCCAUAUGAUGCAGGGUCUGCUCCGGGAUGCUUGGCAUCCCCAGAGAAGAACUUUCUGCCCAGCCCAAAGACUGGCAGUUUCGAGGCCCUUUACUAAGAUGCAUCUAAAUUAGAGAAAAGCUCUUCAGAGUUUCUCUCAUCACCUCUGCUAGUGGUUAUUUAACGCCCACCAGGUGCCAGGUGCUGUGUCAAAAGCAGCAUCAGUACAUCCCUUCCCCUUGUGUAAACAGAGCUUUUCAAACAUCUAUUGCCUUCGGCUUCUUCCGGUCUUUC